UCCUGUCUCAGCACAGAGACUACAGGCAAGGAAAGAAAGACUCAGAAAGCAAGACUCGCCACUGUCUCCCUCCUCCCCGCCCCUGGCCUCAGUUCACGCUGACUUCACUCGACAGGCACCUGGCCCUCCCAGAUGAGCUGGGAGGGGCUCGAGCACCAUGCGUAGCCAUGGUUGGGGUGGAGGUGCCGGCAGCAGACAAUAUUUAAGAGUCUGGAGAGCAAUCGGGCUGGGGAAGGAGAGCUGCAGGGUCUCCAGUUAAGCUGCGCUAGAGAGGGCAAGGAAAGCGAGCAACAGAGCAGCGAGCCUGUCACGAGUGAGCACAAGGCUGCGAGACGCUGCAGCUUGGCGAGCCUGGGCUGGGAAUAUCCUGAUUCCCCCACAGGCAGACCCUCCUCCACCCAGGCCCACGGAAGAUGCUGAGAAGGUGCCUCUCGGCUGUUGGCUGGCUCUGCAUUUCCAUCGCGGUCUUCGUCAGCCACCCAGUCUGGCCACAAAAGCCGCCGAAGCCCAAGACACCUGCACAGCUCAAAGCGGCCGCCUGCUGUAAGGAGGUGAAGGAGCUCAAGGCCCAAACUGCCAACCUAAGCAGUCUGCUGGGCGAGCUGCGCAAGAAGCAGGAGCAGGACUGGGUGAGCGUGGUCAUGCAGGUGAUGGAGCUGGAGAGCAGCAACAAGCGCAUGGAGUCCCGGCUCACAGAUGCCGAGAGCAGGUUCUCCCAGAUGAACAACCAGAUCGACAUCAUGCAGCUGCAGGCGGCGCAGACCGUCACGCAGACUUCCGCAGACGCCAUCUACGACUGCUCUUCCCUCUACCAGAAGAACUACCGCAUCUCUGGCGUGUACAAGCUUCCUCCUGAUGACUUCCUGGGCAGCCCUGAAAUGGAGGUAUUCUGCGACAUGGCGACAGCAGGAGGCGGCUGGACCGUCAUCCAGAGGCGAAAGAGCGGCCUCGUCUCCUUCUCCCGGGACUGGCGGCAGUACAAGCAGGGCUUCGGCAGCGUCCGCGGGGACUUCUGGCUGGGGAAUGAAAACAUCCACCGGCUCUCCCGGCGGCCGACCCGGCUCCGUGUGGAGCUGGAGGACUGGGAGGGCGACGUGCGCUACGCUGAGUACAGCCACUUCGUUCUGGGCAAUGAACUGAACAGCUACCGCCUCUUCGUGGGGAACUACAGUGGCAACGCGGGGAACGACGCCCUCGUCUACCAUAACAACACGGCCUUCAGCACCAAGGACAAGGACAACGACAACUGCUUAGACAAGUGCGCAGAGAUCCGCAAAGGUGGGUACUGGUACAACUGCUGCACGGACUCCAACCUCAACGGCGUCCACUACCGCCUCGGCGAGCACACCAAGCACCUGGAUGGCAUCACCUGGUAUGGCUGGCAUGGGUCUAGCUACUCCCUCAAGCGGGUGGAGAUGAAAAUCCGCCCAGAAGACUUCCAGCCCUGAAGGAGGCUUGUUGUGGAGCAGGACUGGAGAAAUGGGAAAAAGUGGAGGCCGGAGAAGGAAAGGCAGGCUCUGAGAAACACAACAGCAGGAUGCGCCAGGAUGUUGAACGGGUAGACGAGCAUUUCAGCACAGCAGGUCCUGACACACUUGCUGAGGUGGGAUGGGGCCUAGCCUGAGUGCUGCGACCCCUGACAGAGCAGUAGCUUGUGCUAUGCUUGUGCACGAUUCUUCUGGGAACAAAAAAUACUGAGAUCAGUUCAUUUCCCCCAAGGCCUACAUUAUGUGAAAGUAGAAAAUAAAGCUUCUUAAAAGGAA